AUGGAUGGCGACGAGUUGAUCGCCUCGGUCCAUCACAAGAUCGAGCGGGAGAAAGCUCUCAUCGCUGCCGCAAAUACUAUGCGACAGUCGACCGAUAAUGCCUUGGUGCAACAACCGGUCGAUGCCAACAUCCGCGAUGGCCGCCGAAACAUCGCCUAUCUCGAGGAGAAGAUGCGCGAGCUGCAGCUGCGUCAAAUGGAACGGGAAGGUGGUGGUUCCCCUCAUGAUUCACGUCGUCAGCAAGCCGGGGGUCCUCCCCCCCUCCAAAAGAUCACUCGGGUUAUCGCGGUGAAGGCGAUGCGCAUUAUCCUCAAAGUGGUUCGGGUUCGAUGCCCUCGGGCGCCCCAUUCGCCGACCCCCGACCAUACGCCCCGAUUCCCAAGGCGCGCCCCAAUUAUACAAAACUCGAAACGUCCUCUUCCAGAUCUGAUCAAAUAUGAUACUCCCUACCUUGGACCGAAGAUUCAGCUCAUGCUCUCUCAACUCGAGUUCAAGCUGACGGUGGAAAAGCAGUACAAGGCCGGUAUAGAGAAGAUGGUUCGUCUAUACCAGGACGAAGGGGAUCGACGAAGCCGUGCCGAUGCGGAGAAUCGUCGUGUGGAGAGCAACCAGAAAAUUCAAUUGCUGAAGCAAGCCCUCAAACGAUAUGAGGACCUUCAUGUCGACAUUGACUCGGCGGAUACGCCCGAUGACGAGUCGCUCAGCAGCCCCAACAUGCGGAAGCCCUUGACCGGUCUUCUCACCAUGCGCAUCCACGCCGUCAAGGACGUCGACCAUGCCACCAGCUCACGGUUCUCGCGCGGUCCCGAAACGUUUGUCAUCGUGAAGGUGGAAGAUACCAUCAAGGCCAGGACAAAGGCUACCCGAAAUGAUAAAUGGAUUGAUGAAUCAUUCUCCAUCGACAUCGACAAGGCAAACGAGGUCGAGUUGACCGUCUACGACAAGUCGGGGGAUCGCCCCACCCCCAUCGGCAUGCUAUGGGUGCGUGUCACAGAUAUUGCUGAGGAGAUGCGUCGGAAAAAGAUCGAGACAGAACUGAAUGCCUCCGGGUGGGUAUCAGCCGACAAGAUGAGUAGCCCAGGCACUCCCCGAACUGACCAGCCUCUGGGAUCCCCGGGGUCCUCGCACGGCGGACCUGGUGGUGGCAACUUUGGUGCCUCAGCUGCGCCUGGAGGAGGCCCUCACGGUCACAACCCGAAUACACCCCCGUCUGUGAUGAUUGAUUCCUGGUUUGCGUUGGAGCCAUUUGGCCGUAUCCAUCUGCAGAUGAGCUUCGCCAAACAGUUGAAAGAUCGCCGCCCCUUCGAUAUCGGUCUCAACCGACAGGGUGCCGUGCGCCAGAAAAAGGAAGAGGUCCACGAAAAGCAGGGUCACAAGUUUGUCACCCAGCAGUUCUACAACAUCAUGCGCUGUGCCCUGUGUGGAGAUUUCCUCAAGUACGCCGCAGGCAUGCAAUGCGCAGACUGCAAGUACACUUGCCACAAGAAGUGUUACGGAAAGGUGGUCACAAAAUGUAUCAGCAAGGCGAACUACGAGACCGACCCCGAUGAAGAGAGGAUCAACCAUCGGAUUCCUCAUCGGUUCGAAGGAUUCUCGAAUCUGUCGGCCAAUUGGUGCUGUCACUGCGGUUAUCUGUUACCGUUCGGACGCAAAAAUGCCAAACGAUGCAGCGAAUGUGCCCUCACUUGCCAUGCUCACUGCACACAUCUUGUGCCAGAUUUCUGCGGCAUGUCGAUAGAGGUUGCCAAUCAAAUUCUCGACGCGCAAGCCCAUGCGAAGCACCAUAAUAAGUCCACAUCUGUCAGUUCUGGUCUCAGCGGUCGUACUCUCCGACCAGGUGGUCCGCCGCAGCCCCCUCAAGACCAUCCCCAGAAAGCCUCCGACAGCCCUUAUGGGGCGCUCAAUAGACUGCCAUCAGCCGAAGCGUCACCUGCAGCAGUGAGCCAGGCUGCUCGCCAGCCAAUGCCUCCAAAGUCGCCAUCAGUCGCCUCUGAUGCAAAGGCUGCUGCGGACGCUGCCGCGAGGUUGCGAAGCACCCCUCAGACCCCAGUCGAAGCAAACCGACUCCCUGAACAGCCUCAGCAAGCGCCUCCGUCUUCGCACGUUCGGUAUGAUCCGUACCACUACGCCCAGUUCCAACAGCAGCCUCCAGCCCCGCCGAUGCAAAAGCCUAGCGGGCCACCCCCUCAGCAGGCAGUGCAGCCCAUGACUCCCAGCAUUGCGGCGCCUCCCAAAGAGCCAGAGCCUCCAGUUCCACAAUCCAAGGCUCGUAUUGGAUUGGACCACUUCAACUUCCUGGCUGUGCUUGGUAAAGGUAACUUUGGAAAGGUCAUGCUUGCUGAGACAAAGACCACGCGAAAGCUUUAUGCCAUCAAGGUGCUGAAGAAGGAGUUCAUUAUUGAAAACGACGAAGUGGAGAGCACCAAGUCUGAAAAACGGGUGUUCCUCAUUGCCAACAAGGAGCAACAUCCCUUCUUAUUGAACCUGCACGCCUGUUUCCAGACCGAGACCCGAGUGUAUUUUGUGAUGGAGUACAUCAGUGGUGGUGACCUCAUGCUGCACAUUCAGCGUGGCCAGUUUGGACUGAAGAGGGCACAAUUCUAUGCCGCCGAGGUCUGCUUGGCUCUCAAGUACUUCCACGAACACGGUGUAAUCUACCGUGAUCUGAAAUUGGACAAUAUCCUCCUCACACUCGACGGCCACAUCAAGAUUGGUGAUUAUGGUCUCUGCAAGGAGAACAUGUGGUACGGAUGUACUACCAGCACCUUCUGUGGUACUCCCGAGUUUAUGGCGCCUGAGAUUCUGCUCGACAAAAAGUACGGUCGGGCUGUUGAUUGGUGGGCGUUUGGUGUCCUGAUCUAUCAAAUGCUGCUCCAGCAAUCUCCCUUCCGCGGUGAAGAUGAAGACGAAAUUUACGACGCGAUUCUUGCAGACGAACCUCUCUAUCCCAUUCACAUGCCUCGUGACUCCGUUUCGAUUCUGCAGAAAUUGCUGACCCGGGAGCCUGAGCUGCGUCUCGGCUCUGGUCCAACUGACGCCCAAGAAGUUAUGUCGCAUGCCUUCUUCCGAAACAUCAACUGGGAUGACAUCUAUCACAAGCGUGUUCCCCCUCCCUUCAUUCCUACUAUCAGCAGCCCCACGGAUACAAGCAACUUUGACCAGGAGUUUACCAGUGUGACUCCUGUUCUCACGCCUGUGCAGUCUGUGCUCUCCCAGGCCAUGCAGGAAGAAUUCCGCGGCUUCUCGUACACUGCUGAAUUUGCAUGA